AUGGCGACUGGCACCGCCGCCGCCAGCGCUUCCGGCGGCCCUGCCGCCCACGCGGGAGCCGACGCCUUGGAGUCAGGCGCCAGCCUGCUGCGGCGACGCCACGCCGGCGGGCUUGCGGGCGCGGACGCCGACGCCGACGGGGGCGGCAAUGCCGAGGAGGUGGUGGUGGCCUCGGUGGAGCAGGCGUUCGCGGACAAGCCCGUGCCGUCGUGGCGGGAGCAGCUGACGGUGCGCGCCUUCGUGGUGGGGUUCAUCCUCGCCAUCUUGUUCAGCGUCAUCGUAAUGAAGCUGAAUCUCACCACCGGCGUCAUCCCCUCGCUCAACGUCUCCGCCAGCCUUCUCGGCUUCUUCCUCGUCCGCCUCUGGACGAAAGCAAUCGAGAGCAUGGGCUUGCUGAAGCAGCCCUUUACGCGACAGGAGAACACCGUCAUCCAGACCUGCGUCGUCUCCGCCUAUGGCCUCGCCUUUAGUGGUGGGUUUGGCAGUUACCUAUUUGGUAUGAGUCGAAGCAUUGCUGAGCAAGCAACAGAGGCCAAUGAUGCCCAGAAUAUCAAGGAUCCUCACCUCGGAUGGAUGAUAGGGUUUAUGUUCCUCGUCAGUUUUGUUGGACUUUUCGUUCUGGUUCCUCUGAGAAAGGUUAUGAUUGUCGAUUACAAACUGACCUACCCUAGUGGAACUGCAACCGCUUACCUCAUCAACGGAUUCCACACACCCCAGGGUGCCGAACGUGCAAAGAAGCAAGUUCGAACCUUGGGCAAGUACUUCUCACUCAGUUUCCUUUGGGCCUUCUUCCAGUGGUUCUACACAGCUGGGGAUGAUUGUGGAUUCGCCUCCUUCCCAUCACUCGGCCUUGAAGCUUACAAAAACAAGUUCUAUUUUGAUUUCUCAGCUACUUAUGUUGGUGUUGGAAUGAUAUGCCCAUAUAUCGUAAAUGUGUCUCUUCUUCUUGGAGGCAUCAUUUCGUGGGGAGUAAUGUGGCCACUUAUCAGCACAAAGAAAGGAAGUUGGUACCCCGAAUCUCUUCCUGAUAGCAGUCUACACGGACUUAAUGGUUACAAGGUGUUUAUAACCAUAGCCGUAAUUCUUGGGGAUGGCCUGUACAACUUCUUGAGAGUAUUCGGUCACACAAUAGGAGCAUUCAUAUCAAUGUAUUGGAAGAAACAUGCAAACACACUUCCCGUGUCCGACAAUGGGGCCCCUCCUGCCACAACUGAAAUUGAGUCAUUUGACGACAAGCGUCGCAUUGAGCUAUUCGUUAAGGAUCAGAUUCCCAAGUCAGUUGCAUUGGGUGGUUAUGUCUGUCUGGCAGCUAUAACGAUCGGCUGUCUCCCUCUCGUCAUCCCCCAGAUCAAGUGGUACCACAUUUUGGUGGCAUACAUCUUUGCACCUAUACUAGCCUUCUGCAAUGCCUAUGGAUGCGGCCUAACAGAUUGGUCCCUCGCCAGCACCUAUGGCAAGCUUGCAAUCUUUGUCAUUGGUGCAUGGGCCGGGGCUUCACAUGGCGGAGUGCUUGUUGGAUUAGCUGCAUGCGGUGUCAUGAUGAGCAUUGUGGGAACAGCUUCUGAUCUGAUGCAAGACUUAAAGACUGGGUACCUGACUCUAGCCUCGCCAAGGUCGAUGUUCAUUAGCCAGGUGAUAGGCACUGCCAUUGGAUGUGUUACUGCACCAUGUGUCUUCUGGUUGUUUUACAAGUCCUUCGAUAUUGGUGCGAGUGGCGGCGCUUAUCCAGCACCUUACGCCAUCAUGUACCGCAAUAUGUCAAUCCUUGGCGUGGAUGGACUGUCCUUGCUUCCAAAGAACUGCCUCACUCUAUGCUACAUUUUCUUUGCUAUUUCCUUCGCCAUCAAUUUGAUCAAGGAUCUGGUGCCACAGAAAGUUGCCAAGUUCAUCCCCAUCCCCAUGGCAGCAGCAAUUCCUUUCUACCUUGGACCGUACUUCGCUAUUGACAUGUUCUUGGGCAGUGUGAUACUCUACUUUUGGGAAUGGAAGAACAAAGCUGAAGCAGACUCGCUCGCACCAGCUGUUGCGUCAGGCUUGAUGUGUGGUGAUGGGCUCUGGGCACUGCCCCAGGCUGUUCUUUCUCUAGCCAAUGUGAACCCUCCUAUUUGCAUGAAGUUUUUGUCGAGGUCUGUGAAUGCCAAAGUGGACACCUUCCUUGGGAACUAG